CCUUCUUGUCCCUCGGUGCCCUGCAGUGAAGCCUCGCCUCUGCCAGACACGAAAUCUCAAUCAGCUCCUUGUUGCUGGAUGGCGGUAACGAGCGAGUGGCCUCGUUUUGGACCCUUUUGUGUCGUAAAUAAGCAAAGUCGGUGUGUGUUCAUGGAAGCGGGGACUAGGAGGAGCUGAAUUAGCAUGCAUCGCCUCAGCCGUUCCUCAGCAUGUGUGUGUGUUUGUACACUCAGGCGGACUUCCUCUGGGUGUUCUGCUGCCGGCUAUUUCGGAUCAAUAUUGUUAAUAGGUUGUGUGUGCGCGCGCUGAUGUGGCUUAUGCAGAUUUCCAGCUCUCUCUGUUUGAGUCAGCCCUUCCUCCUUCAGCUCACAAGCUGCUGUCACUGUGUAGCUAUGUGGCGGCGCGCUGUAGGUGUUGUGACUUCAUGUUUGUCCGUCACAAUCAGGCUCCUCGGGGCCCUGAUGUCUCAGGAUCCGCGGGGCUUUCUGUCUCCGUCACUCAUCCGAGCUUGGCUCCCCUCUUCUUCUUCCUCUUCCUCCUCCUGGCUCCUCGCUCUGCCUCUUGUCUGUUUAAUUCUGUGUGUCGUUAGCUGUGUCUCUGGCUGUGGGUGGGCCUCUGUGACACUCGGUGUGAUUAUGACAGGCUGUCUGCAGGGAGGCCUGCUGCUUCCAGAGCUGCUCGCCAUAGAGUUCAGUCAGCCUGCAGCGAGAGACAGAAGGACAGAAGCCCAUUCCACCUGGUCGGGCGACGCAAGGAACUUCCUCUUUCUCCUGGCUCCACUUCCUUUGCUCCGCUCCGCCAUGACUCUCCUGGCCUCCGAGAGGUCGCUUCUCAUCAGGAACAAGUUCCGGUCAGUCCUGCAGCUGAGGAUUCAGAACCGAAGGCUGAGUGAAAUCAAUGCAGACCCAGGGUUGAAAUCUGCCUCCACUCAUCAGAAAACAGAGAAGAAACGGAGUGAAGCUCAUCGUCAAACUGAGGAUGGCGCCACUCAGAAGUUGCCCCCUGGUGGUCUGAGCGCUGAAACUGCACAAGAGAGGACUGUAUGUGGGGCCCUGAGGCAGAGGAAGGCUCGCCCUUCACAGACCCUCACUGAGAGGAUCCAGCAACCUCCAGCAGCCGCAGAGCAACAGCUUGAGCACACGUUGCCCCUGGAGAAUGGUUCUGCCUCGUUCCCUGCUGAUGUCUUCGAAGAGGACAUCUCUUCCUCCAUCUCGUCUUUAAACACGGAGCAGCAUGCCGCUCUCCAAGCGGCAUCCAUUUCCUCCCUGCCGGGCCUCCCAGUUGACCAACCACUAAGUGACUGCUCAGCUGUGGGUCUGACCCUUAAUGACAGUCCCAGUCAUGCACAGUCCGGUCUGACAUUGCUUCCGCCAACCGCGGGCGUCAGACAACCUCUGAGCGUGACGCUGGGUGAAUCAAACUCCUUGGCACCAACUGGAAGACCAAACGGGAUGUUCCUGACCGCUCAGACGACACCCCUGCUGCCAAAGACAGCUCGGCCUCCCAGCCCGAUCUGCCCCUCGUCUUUGCCCCCUUCCCUAAACUUCAAUCACCUUACCCGCCCCCGGAAACCGCGGGACAUCAAACCCAAGAUGAAGAAACUCAAGUAUCAUCAGUACAUUCCUCCAGACCAGAAGGGAGCGUCUGGGACUGGAGCGGGAGGAGCUAAGCAGAGCAGCCCUGCCCCAGCGCAGCCGCUAGACCCCGCCUACUCCCAUCUGCUGAAACAACAGCAGGUCUUCCUCCAGCUUCAAAUCCUGCAGAGUCAACAGCAGCAGCACCAGCAGCGACUACAGCCGCCGCAGGAGGUUGCAGUUGUACCGAGUGGAGAUCACAAUGAUCUGGUGAAGUCUUGUGGAGCCUCACCGCUCAGCCUCCAACCUGUUCCUGCCACAACAAACCAAACUCAGACGGACGCAAAUCCUACUUCCAAACCAGAGCCUCUUCCUGCAAAUCUUGUUGAUCUAACGGUGUCGGAGUUGAGGCAGCAGCUGCGUAAACGUGGCCUCCCUGUCUCUGGAACCAAGCCGGCCUUGUUGCAGCGCCUUCGUCCCUUCCAGCUUCAGCACGCCUGCCCCGCCCCGGCUCCUCUUAGCAAGCUGGGCACCAGCAUGGAGCCCCUCAUUCCCUGUGCCCCGCUGCUGCCCUGUCAGAGCCCUGGCUCCAGCCCCGGCUUCAGGCUGAGCUCGCCCGGCAGCAGCCCGAACCAACAGCUGUACAUUCAAGACGGGGGGAUUCCUAAUGGGACUCUCAGUGACGGUCCCAACAGAGACCCAAACGGGACUCUGAACGCCGUCCCAAAAGCGUUCGCAGACGCUGCGUCAGUCAGUUUGGCAGGUGAACAGUGUGGUCUCGGCAGCACUGUGUUCUUGGAUCCCGCCAGCACUGCGUCAGGAACUCCGAGUCCCAGUUUGCCCAUGUCGUCCUCCUCGCCCCUACAGUGUGGGACUCCCUGGAGAACCGACAGAGAACAGCAGCAGGAGCAUCUAGAGCUGAGCGUGAAGCUGGAGAAGCGGGAGAGGAAGAGGAGCCGGCAUACUGAGUAUGGCGUACUGCAAGCGGGUACUGAGUCUGGGGAGGGAUCCCUUCAUCCGUUCCUGCAACAGGAUCCGGGAUGCCUAAAAAGGAAGGCAGAACUAAAUGCGCAAACAGAGGUGUUGUUUGCUCAGCCGUGUGAUGUGAUUGGCCAUGACUUCGAGCUGCCACUGCAGAUUACAGCAAGUCCAGCUCAGACCUCACCUGGCGUUCGCAGCUUGGAGGAAGAGCUGCAGGAGGCGAUUCAGAAAGCCCAGAUGGACCCUCGACAGUCUAUUGAUGAUAUUCUAGAUGAGCCACUUAUUUGUGAUGGCUCUCUUGAGGCCUCUGAUCAUAAAUCUGCUGCACACUCACUUCCUGACCGCUCCCCUGCCCCUCAAGCUGAGCAGCCCCAGCCUUUUCAGCAGCAAGAUGACAACUUCCUGCCGUCCCCUCUUUGUUCCUCUCUCUUGCUGGAGCUCCCUCCGUCUCCUGCUGUAAUAAACCCAAGCCAGGUCGUCCCUGCGCCUCCGCCUCUCCCAAUCUGCACCUCCCCUUCGCCUUCGACUAGAAGGUCUCGGAAACGGCGGGCUCCUGCACAGUUUGACGCUGCCGACUGGCUCGAAACCCUCACGUCAGGCCUCCACCCUCUCACCCCGCCAAAACCUCCUUUUGUCGAAUCCGAUUUUAGUCUGGAUUCGGAUCUGAAUGUGAAUCGAGUGCUUGAUCUUUUGAUAGAGCAGUGGUGAAGAUGUAAAAGAUGGUGUGCAAACACGGCGCCGCGAAAAAGUAUUCAUAUCCCGCGAACAUUUCGACAUGUUGUGACGUUUCAACCAAAAGUCUCGAUUGUAAUUUAUUGGGAUUUUGAUGGAGCAACACAAAGUGGUGCAUGAUCAUAACAUGGAAGGAGUUUUCAAAACACUUUACUUUAAAAAUCUAAAAAGAUUCAGCCCUUCUUAGUGAGAGGACCAAUUUUCAGUGCAAGACAGCUGCAAGGCAUCUAGAGGUAUGUCUCAUUUUGUCUAUUCUUAAACUCCUUCAGACUGAAAUAAUGUUAUUUGUGAGCUUUAACUUUCAACACCAUGUAGAUUUUAAAUUGAAUUUAGGUUUAGAUCUUAACCAGGCCUUCCUAACAUAUGAACAUGUUUCAUCUAAACCAUUACACGGUUGCUGGGGCGGUAUUUUUAGAGUUGUCGAAAGGUCAACCUCUGAAAUCUGAAAACUAUGCUCCCGUCGUUCAGCCUGAUGGUUUACAUCCGGGGUGUCCAAGCUGUGGCCUGGGGGCUACUUGUGGCCCUUGAAAUUAUUUUGUUUGACCCCUGACCACAAGUCAAGAAUUGAUGACCCAAUACAUUUGGAAAUGCUCUGUUUUUCUUUUAGCAAGCCAUAAAAACAGCCUUUUUAUGUACUGGCUCUUAUGCAGAUAUACAGAUUUUAUAAAAAUGCUGUUUAUUGUUGAGCAGGUAAAACGACAGCUGCAAAAAAUGCAACAAAAUAAUUUUGCAUUUUUGCUUUAAUUUAUAUUGUGGUUAAAGGUUUAAAUUUUCCAGGUUUGGCUUCGAAGGCAAGCAGUUUGGACCCGAGUGGCUCACCGUGUCUUUAAGUUGUCAUGCCAUCCGCUUCUCAUGAAGAUGGUCGCUCACUAAUACCCUUUAACAAACCUCUAAAGUCUCGACAGAGCAGUUCGUAUCUAAGCUGAGAUUAAAAUGCACAAAGGUGAACUCUGUUUGCCUAUAAUGUGAAUUCUGAAUGCAAAUGAUUACACUGGAUUUUUUUUUUUGCGAGUAUAGGACUGAAUACAUUUGUGCGUCACAUGUUUGAGAUUAUUUUUUACAAAAAAAUUUUUUCUCAAGAUUAUGCCUCAAAAUCUCAAGGGAUGUGAAAUACUUUUUGCGAGGCGCUUCGUGUUUGCAUUUCCUUUGUAUGAUAAACUGUGGAUAGUUUUCUUACUGUAAUGAAUUGCACAAAGUGUGUUCGUUGUACGUUCCACGACUGACCUGCAGAACCGAGUCACCGGCUCCACGCAACGUCGAGAGCCGACUUUACUGCAGCAGUCUAGUCACACGCCUCUCCGACAGGACAAUGAGAACAAACACAGAGAUGCAGUCGUGCACCCCAUGAACACUGAGACGCAGCAGAGGGGUGUUCAAAAGCACUUUGGCUCAAGCAGCAAAAGAAAACCUGUCGGCGUAUUAUGUUGAACACGGUUGCUGGCUGUGCUGGGAGACAAGUCGGUUUUUGACUUUUCUCCAGAACCCGUUGUCGGAUUGGGUUGAGUGCGGCGGCACCCCGGUGUUCACUCAGUCUUUGAGUCACAGCCAUUCAUAAAGCCCAUUCAGAGUAUGUGAAAGCCAGGCAGAGCUCACAGCUUGCGUGUGUCUCCAGACCUUAACCUUGAUGCCAGAUGCACAGUCGGCAUGCGGAGGGAGAAACCUGGCAGAACAAGAAGUGUGCGUUUGCCUUGCGAAUGUACUUGUAUGUCUCUGUAAGGCAUGUAUGCUUUUACUGCUCUUCUUAAUGUGGUACUCUGCACAUAAGUCUGCCUAUGUUUGCAUAAAUGUACAAACUCUCCGUGUUUACUUACAAGUAAUGCAAAAUUAAUUGCUUACUUACCGUUAAAAGGUCCUUGAAAUGAAGCAGGACGCAGAAAACCUCGGUGUCCUCACUUCCUUCAUCGUCACUGGUGUUUUUACACCACAAACUCCAGUCAGCAGGAAAAAAAUAAAAAAAACACAUUACCUUCCUGAAGUCAUGACUCCACAGGAGAGCAAUCAGGCAACCACCACUGGGAAAAAAAAAAAGUUUUUACACAAAUGCACCAAUCAGCUGAGUAAGAGUUUCUUCAUUGUGUAGCAAAAACAGGUGGUCAUUUUGUUCCCUAAUUAACCUUCGGUGGCCUCUGCCUCCUGUUGAGUGCUCACCCCAUGGCAGUUUAAUCCAAUUUUAGCACAAGUUAUCACCAAACACCAGGGCGACACCUGUUCAGUUACUGCAAAUUAAUUCCUUACAACCGUUGUCACGCGUUAAUGAAAUGACUGCUGUAUGUCCUAAUACGCAAAACACAAAGUGCAUUAUUAGGCGUACAAUUUGGAUUGUUUGCCUACACCAUCAGCGACCAGCCAAUCACAUGACAGAAACUUUAUGUUUUAAGUCGUUUCGUUGGCAUGAAGUUACAACCAAACAUCAGGCUGGGAAAGAAAGGAUCUAAGUGACUUUUAUGGUUGGUUGUGCAAGGCUGACAUUUUGCAAUAGUUCAGAAGCUACUGGGAUUUUCAUCUUUUGGAUUUGCAGAAAUCAAUCCAAAGAUCUUGCGGGCACAAAAUACCUUGUUGAUGUUAGAGGAGAAUUGGAAAAAAUUAUCACUUCUUAGAACCAAUGUGUCCAAAAUACUAUCUCUGAAUGCAGCCAAAGCUCAUAUCCAGUGCCACUCCUGUCAGCUGAGAACAGUGGACUGAGGGUGCAAUUCACACAGACUUACCAUGUUUGGACAGCAACAGAUUGGAAAAUUGUUAUCACAGCUGUGAAAUUCAGAUGUUUGAGUCAGAAUUUGAUGUAAAGCAUGGAUACGUUUUUCAGAAUUUGAUGUAAAGCAUGGAUACGUUUUUCCUCUUAUCCCUGAUUCAGGCUUCUUAUCGAGGACAAGAAGCCGGAAUGGCUUCUUACUACAUAGUGAUACACUAUGUAGUAUCACUACAUAGAUAUGUAGUAUUACAUCACUACAUUGGUAGUGAUGUAAUACUGUGAGGGACAUCUGGCACAUUUUGGACCCCUUUCUAUCAACUAAGCAUGAUCUAAAAAAAAAAACCACAGGCUGCCUCAGAACCGUCGCUGACAGUGUCCACUUCUUUACAAUGACAAGGUGGUUGUUUUCUGAUGGCUCCAUGUCACCAAUCUCAAAUCUUCCUGUCGUUUCUUGAAUGAUUUUAUUGCACUCCAGUGGCCUCCACAGUCAUCAGAUCUCUAAUAAGAGGAGCACCUGUUGGACGUGGUGAAAUAGGAGAUUCACAUCAUGAAUGUGCAACUAAAAAAUCUGCAGCAACAUCACGUCAAUAUGGACCAAAACCUCUGAGGAAAAUUUCCAUCACCUUGUUACCUUGAAGCCAGAAUUGAGGGAGAUCUGAAACUAAAAAUAGAUUAAGGAACAAAUUAAAAGUUUUGUGUUCCAGCGUGUUUUCCUGCUGAUUUCAUAAUCCACGCAGUCUACUGACUGAGGAGUUUCACUUGUCAUUUGUUUGCGUAUAAACAUUCAGGUACUGAUGUAGAUUUUUUUCCAACCUUGCUGAACAAAACUUAAUAAAUGAACCAAAAUCUGACGAAGGUCAGGAAGCAUUAACCUUUCUGUGCUUCACUAAUGUAAUCCAGAUAAAGGAUUUAAUCUACAGAACAUUAUACUUUGAUUUUAAUUGGCUGCAUGUCCCAUCUGUCAUGUAGGAAGGUUUGGACUGAAUCCUUUUAAUCAUUUGGCCACCCUCUCUGUGGGAUCACUUUAUAUUCUGCUGGGCUCCUUCUCCUUAAGGAAAAUGCCGUCUGCAUUGCGAUCUCCAGAAAGCAGACUUCUUAAAAUCCACCUUCCCGUGAAUGUUCAGAUCAUGAUGUUCCCAUGCAGAGUUUCUGCCUCUUUGUCUCUCUUUCUCAUAAAUAACGGACAGUGAAUCAAAAUAAGAUUAUCUGUACAUCGGCAAACCUUCAGCACGGAGCUACAGCUUUAUGAUGAAGUAGCUCUAGUGCAGCUUUCACUAUGGAGACGACACGGGGAAAAAAUGCAGUUAAAUGUGGAUGGAUGGCUAUGAUAAUCAUAGCGAUCAAUAAAUGUUGCCUGCUGCAAGAAAAAAAAAACAGAAAAAUUGAUAGGCGGGAGAGUAAGAUGCUACCUCCUGUGACUUCCACUGCUUUAAGGGCUGAUGCUCCUGUUUUUAUUGUUUCUUAUUUCAUUUCC